GCUUCGACGUCGAGAAUGGCACCUCCCCGGGUCGAAGUCCCCUCGACGGGACUUCACCCUCGGCAGGGCUCGUCCUCCAGAACUUUCCGCAACGGAGGGAGAGCUUUCUGUACCGCAGCGACUCCGAUUUCGAGAUGUCGCCCAAGAGCAUGUCGAGGAAUUCUUCGAUCGCCUCCGAGGGGUCACGAGUUAUGUUGGCCACCCUGAGCGAGUCUCGUGGGGCCAAUGACGACAGGCCAAUACACGGCGAAGACCUCAUCGUCACUCCGUUCGCCAGAUCCUUGCGUCGCUCCGGUCCGUCAGGAAUAACUACAUCAACCUCACCAACGUGUCCACCACCAAGUCCCGGAGAUCAAGCGCUGCGGCCGGUUGCUCCACGCCACAACCCAAAUCCUUUUCGUACGGAGGUGAGUACACUUUGUUCCACUUUUGUUCCACUGUCUUCCUCCACUUUGUUCUCCUUUUCUUUAUUCCUAAUGACAAACAAUAAGAUCUUGGUAUUUAUGUUACGUGUGUGUAUGUGGGGCUGACAGCGAUGGCCUGAAUAAGAAGAAAAAGAGAUUAUAAAGAGAGUGAGGAGGAAGCCGCCUCGCGUGGGGGCGGUUAAAGUCUACGGUGUCCGCACGCCAUGUUAAACUAUCUCUCAUUGGUCAUGGAUGAAUUGGUAUCAUUUGAGAUCAUCUCCUGUAUGGCGUUGCGCUCGAACUUCUACGCAAUUGAC